GUUUUUUUCCCAGUAAUCCCAGAGGUCAAAUUCUCCAGGUUAUGAUUGAUUUCAAAAGGGUAAAAGGGUAAUUAAACACUGAACAAGAAUGGCAGAACCAGUUGAGGUUUACAACAAACUUGACACUGAAGAAGAUGAUGACGUGUACACUAAAGAUGGUACAGUUGAUUACAAGGGCAAUCCUGCUAACAAGAAAACCACAGGCACUUGGAAAGCUUGCCCUUAUAUUCUUGGAAACGAAUGUUGUGAAAGAUUAGCGUAUUACGGGAUGAGCACGAAUCUGUUGCUUUAUUUCAAGAAUAACCUUGAUCAACAUAGCGUUACGGCCUCGAAAAACUACUCAAAUUGGUCUGGAACGUGUUAUAUAACGCCGUUGAUAGGUGCGUUCGUGGCCGAUGCCUAUCUAGGACGAUAUUGGACCAUUGCCAUCUUUUCCGUCAUCUAUGUUAUCGGAAUGACGUUAUUAACUUUAUCAGCAUCGGUUUCGGGUUUAAGGCCAACUUGUGUAUCGAAGGAGGAUUGUCAUGCGACAAGUACUCAAACCGCGGUUACUUUUCUAGCGCUCUAUCUCGUGGCUCUAGGAACCGGAGGGAUCAAACCAUGUGUGUCAUCAUAUGGGGCGGACCAGUUUGAUGACGCCGAUGAACGAGAGAAGAAGCACAAGAGUUCGUUUUUUAAUUGGUUCUAUUUUUCGAUCAAUAUUGGUGCGUUAAUCGCGUCCUCGGUUCUUGUUUGGAUCCAAGAUAAUGUGGGUUGGGGAUGGGGAUUUGGGAUCCCGGCUGUGGCCAUGGCGAUUGCCAUUGGCUCGUUUUUUUUCGGCACACGUUUGUAUCGGAAUCAGAAACCCAGCGGAAGCCCAUUGACCCGCAUCGCUCAGGUCAUUGCGGCUUCUUGGAGGAAACGUCGAGUUCAGGUUCCUAACGACAAGUCUACUCUGUAUGAGACAGCAGACAACGAGUCCGCUAUAGUAGGAAGCCGCAAGCUUGACCACACCAAAUCGUUCAGUUUCUUUGACAAGGCGGCGGUGGAGUUGGAAUCGGAUCGGACUAACGAACCGGCCAAUCCGUGGCAGCUUUGCACGGUGACUCAAGUCGAGGAAUUGAAAUCAAUCGUUAAAUUGCUCCCGAUCUGGGCCACCGGUAUCAUUUUCGCCACGGUUUACGGUCAGAUGAGCAACCUAUUUGUGUUACAAGGCUCGUUCAUGGACAUAUACCUCAACAAAUUCGAAAUUCCUCCAGCGGCCCUAAGCAUUUUUGACACGCUAAGUGUCAUUUUCUGGGUCCCGGUCUAUGACCAGAUCAUCGUACCUGUUGCCCGGAAAUACACGGGCCACAAAUCAGGCCUGACCCAACUCCAAAGAAUGGGGACAGGCCUGGUGAUCUCGAUUUUUGCGAUGCUAGCCGCAGGGACCCUAGAAGUGGUCAGACUUGGGAUCGUCAAAAGAAACAACUAUUACGAUUACAAGAAUAUGCCCAUGUCGAUAUUUUGGCAGGUCCCGCAAUACUUCUUGAUCGGUUGUGCCGAGGUUUUUACUUUUAUCGGACAACUAGAGUUCUUUUACCACCAAGCCCCCGACUCGAUGAGGAGUUUGUGUUCGGCUUUAUCACUAACGACAGUCGCACUCGGAAGCUACCUGAGCUCUUUGCUUGUGACGAUUGUAACAAGUAUUAGUACCAAGGGUGGUAAGCUCGGGUGGAUACCCGACAAUCUGAACCGUGGUCAUUUACAGAACUUCUUUUGGCUUUUGGCCAUUAUGAGCCUGCUUAAUCUCGGGGCUUUUCUGUGGAUUUCGAAUUGGUAUACCUAUAAAAAGCCCGUGGGUACUCUUUCUGCCAAAUUAAAAACCGACGACGUUUCUUCUGAACGUCGACUUACAAAUUCAGAACUAUAA